AUGAACACACUCCAGGAACGAAGCACCAUCUACAAGGCCUUCAAGGAAGGAGGACCGGCCCUUGGAGGGUGGCAGAUGCUGCCAGGAACAAAUCACUCCCGUGCAAUCGCCCGUUCAGGUGUCGAUUGGGUUUGUGUUGACUGCGAACAUGGCAAUAUCGAUGAUGGAGAGAUGCAUGAAGCCGUCAUCGCCAUAGCCCGCGAAGGCGUCAGCCCCAUCGUUCGUGUACCUGCCAAUGAGGCUUGGAUGGUCAAGCGCGCUUUGGAUGCUGGCGCCCACGGCAUCAUUGUUCCAUUAAUCUACACCGUAGACGACGCCGAACGACUUGUAUCCUCAGCGAAGUUCCCACCCGAAGGCAACCGGGGGUUCGGAUCGCCCUUUUCGCCUCAUGCUUUCAACGGCGAGGCGCUCACCGACUACCUCCAGAACGCGAACUCCUCACUUCAGACAAUCAUUCAAAUUGAAACCAAGUCAGCACUUGAGUCUGCCAGGGAGAUCGCUGCGAUCCCUGGCGUCGACUGCCUUCUGAUUGGGCCUUUCGACUUAGGCAACAACAUUGGCCGACCGAUCCUGGGCGAGAUGCACCAGGAACUGAAGGAUGCCAUCGAGAGUAUCAAAGAUGCAGCGCAUGCAGAAGGCAAGAAGGUGGGCAUCUACUGCACGGACGGUCAGCAGGCCCAAGGUUACGUACAGAGGGGCUUCGACUGUAUCAGCGUAUGCACUGACUUCCCGGCUAUCACUGCGGCGUUCGCAGGUGCAGUCAAAACGGCAAAAAGUGCGCCAUCUGGAGAAGACGCAGGGCAUGUGACGGGUUAUGAUGGACGGUAG